GCGCAACAUUUUCAGUCUUGGAUAAUGGCUCCCGCUCGCAAGGGAAAAGCUAAAGAAGAACAGCCAGUGGUUACGCUCGGACCACAGGCUAAAGAAGGAGAGCUAGUGUUCGGAGUUGCUCACAUCUAUGCAUCAUUCAAUGACACAUUCGUCCACGUGACGGAUAUCUCAGGUCGUGAAACUAUCGUGCGUGUCACUGGUGGUAUGAAAGUAAAAGCUGAUCGUGAUGAGUCCUCUCCGUAUGCCGCUAUGUUGGCUGCUCAAGAUGUUGCGGAAAGAUGCAAACAGCUUGGAAUCAAUGCUCUGCACAUAAAGCUUCGCGCUACUGGUGGAACUAAGACCAAGACUCCAGGACCGGGCGCUCAAGCUGCUCUGAGGGCACUUGCACGCAGUGGAAUGAAGAUCGGUCGUAUCGAGGACGUUACACCUAUUCCUUCAGAUUGCACUAGGAGAAAGGGAGGUCGCAGAGGACGUCGUCUCUAA